AUGGAUGAAGUAGCUGUGAUGGGCUUACGGACGUACAUGUUGGAGGUAGAAAAUAUUCGUAGGGCUAAUGUCCGGACUGAUCCCCGCAACUGGGCUUUGGGCGAGGAGUUGGAAAAGAAGGACCAGGAGCUAAUGCAGGCGCUCUGCAGCAAUAGCGAGCUCGAAGAGCAAAUCCGCCUCAAGGACGAGGAGCUUGAGAUAGGCAAAGGGAUUGCUGUGGAAUGCGAGCACCUGCAGGGCAAGUUACGAGCAAUGCAGUUGGAAAUGGAGCAGAGCCAGGCCAGAACAGUGGAGAUGAAUGCCGAAUGGAGCGGGAAAUUGGCUGUGCUGGAAAGCAAGGUUGCUGAUUUGAAGCGUAUGGAGGAGGCAGCGUUGGAUGCUUCGGCGAGGGCAGCGGCUUUGGAGGCGGCAAUUCGCGUGCAUGAAUCCGAGCGAGAGUCGGAGAGAGCUACUGCGGCCCUUAAGGAGGCGAGGCUCGAGGAGCGGAUCGGCGUUGCUGACAUGGAGGCUUUGGCCUUGUCGGAUCAGAUUGCGGCCCUGGAGGAGGAGAAUCAGCGAUUGAGGGCCCAGGCUGGAUCAUCCCGUGACGCUGCUCCCCGCCAGGCUCAUGAACUGCAGGUCUACGCCGAAGCUCAACGUGACAUCUUCAAGAACUUGUCGGAGGUGGACACCGUGCCAGAGGCAGCUUUCGAGGAGGCGCGCCAGAAAGCUCGUAAGGCUCGAGCCAACUGUGGAUAUGAUGAGGCGACACCCGAAGUUGAUGGGGAUGCCAGUGGCGAUGAUGAUAACGACGGCGUUGGUGCUGUGUGA